AUGGAUCCCAUGGAGAUUGUCGCGUCUGUGGACCAGAGAAAAGUCAUCGAGAUGCGCAACACACUCAGUGCGCUCAAUGAAGAUCUUGAAGCAGCAAAGCAGGAGUCUCGAGAGGCCUGGUCGAAGAUCGAUACACUUGAGAUGGAGCUCGAGAUGAAGGAAGCAACACUGGAAAGUUUCCGACAGGAAAAUGAAAGGUUUGCCGCAGAGCUCGAAGCGACGCAGUACAGUCUCAAUUCCGUCAGGCAGGAAUAUUGUGAUCUGUUCCAGUCCAAUCGAGAUCUACUCUGUAGAUCUCUAGUGGCAGAGGCGAGAGUUGAAGGCCGUGACAGCAUAUUCGAAAUGUUUCUGAAGCCAUCGAAAGGCCAGCGCAGCCUCGCCCAGACCCGCGGAAAGCUGGAUGCGGCCGAGCCUAAGUCAGCAAGCUUGAUGAGCAGCCACGACUUGCUGAAGAAGCAGCUGGUGGAGAUCAACGAUGCGCUGCGGAAGAAAGGCAACGCGGACCGACGGGCAAAGGCGGCAACCAAACCCCAACGCAGCCCGGCUGCUGCGAAGCAAGCGAAGGAGCCCUCGCCACUCCAACAGAAGCUACAGGAGAAAGAGGCGGAGAUACGGGAGCAACACUCCCUCGUGGAAAGCCUGAGGGGAACCAUCAGAACGAAUGAAGAGCAUCAGAAACAGGCCCCUGUCUUCCAAGGAGGAGCUCGAGAACGCCAAACAUUCCCUGAACUUUUACAAGGAUAA